AAAGCCCCAUGUCCCAAUCUCAAGGUUCAACACUAUUACCCCCAUGUCGGCUAUCCAUGUCCCCAUGUCCAUGCUUCAUCGCCGGGCUUAGCAUCUUGCAUUUUUUUGGGUCGGCCAUUUUUUGAAGCCCUCUUAUCCUCUCUCGUCCAGAACUACUAGUAAUUUUGAGUUUUCGAUCUCACUAGACAAAGUCCCAUUACAUCUCCAUACCACCAAUAUUAUAAUAUAAUAUUAAUCCUCAAGCUGCCCCCAACUUCCUAGAAAAGGAACAUGUUCAUGCUCAUCCUUCAUCAUACACAUCAUACUCUCUCCACCCCAUAUCUACUCCAUAUCUUACCACUAGGAUUCCAAAAUACCUAAUCAGACUUUACCAAACUACUACAAACACUGAUAUAUGUCCCGCUCUUCCUGCUUGGCAAUAAACACACCUUGGAAAAAGCAUCGAUCAUCCUCCCCGAACUACUGCAUCACACCUAAUCUUACACCUUCUACCUAAACUAAACCUUACAUUGCCUUUUUGUCUCUCGUCAACCAUAUCUCACUCAUCAUACCUUAUAUAUAUAUAUAUAUUCUCCGCGCCUCGCAUUCUUCUUACGUCGGCUUCUUUCAUCGGCUUCCUGUCUCAGAUCAUACCUCUAAACCCAAAGUACUACAUUGGUUCAACUAUUCCCAAGUAUCUGCAACAGCUUGCACAACAUCUUCACAAAGCAUAUAUACAUUAGCGAUCUUCUUCAACAAAACUUCAUAAGAGACUAUACUCAACUACACUCCCAUACUGGAGCCCCAAAGGAAUUAAAGGUAGUUCGCAUACAGCCUUGGGAAGAUGGUCCGUGAAGUAGUUUACUGAUUGGCAUAUCUAGUCGGCGAUAAGUGUGGCUAUCAUUCCAAAACAAAAUAGCCAGACAUCACCGUCUUCAAAACAAAACUAGCACAACACAACAUGGUCUCUGUAUCCGAUCACUCCUUCCACAUGCUUUCGCGACACAUGGGAAAUCAAAACGAAAACGACUUUCCUCUCUUCCCCGAAUCAAACAUGUAUUCCCCCCAAUUCCCAUACAAUGGCAUGCCAAACUUCCACAUUGAACACGACGCCUCGUAUGCAUACCCGAGAACACAAGAUGUUUAUCCUACCAGCACUGGCUUCGACUCCACAACAAUGUAUAGCGAGGUUCCCCAAAAUUUCAUGGAGUCGCCGGAGCUUAGAGGCGCUGCGCCAUCAAAUUACUCCACAGCGAGUGGACCUUCUGCGACUUCGUCAACCAUUGGUUCCCCAAAUUCAAACAACGGACAUAUGGUGUCAGUUCCUGAGUGGGGAUCUGGACUCGGCAUUAAUCCAAGUAUCGUUAAUUAUGAUAACUUUGGUCAAGGAACCGACUACAACUUCUCUGCAGGUAUGGAAGACUUUACUGUAGAUUUCAAUUCAGCCAAACCAGGCUUUGUUGGUGAGUGUGAAAAUAUCUUUAGAUCUACACCUCGUCAAAAUAGUUCUUUCUCUUCAUCCCACUUGGAAUCUUUUUCUCCUUCAUCCCCUAUUCAUACUAUUUAUACUCCAACGGAUGCUUCGCGAUCAAUUGCUUCGCCAAUUACACCUGUUAGUGCGAUUCGGAAGGAUUCUAGAGAAGGAAGUUUGAAAUCUUCUCAUGUUUCUGCAUUUUCAAUCUCUCCUGUAUCUUGUGGAUCAUCCUCAAGUUUUAAUGCGCCUUUUUUGCAAUCUCCAACCAGCGCUAGUCGUAGUCAGGGGACAAGAUUAUCUCCCGUCACUACCUCACUAGCGCAAACAUUAAUUUCGGAACCGACAUCAUCUUAUUCUUCAUAUCAACAAUCUCCUUUCUUUUCUCAAUCUAGCGGCAAUUUUGUUGCUCCUCUUCAAUCUUUUUGUGUGUUUUCUCUCUGUCGAUUCUGGCACUAGCUUUAGCUUUUCUUCGCCAAGCAGACCUAAAAAAGUUUCAUACUAACAGUUGGUUUCUAGACCCAUCUAUUCUACACGCUCCAUUCUCUGCCACCCGCCCAACAUCCGCCGUUGGACAAGCUGAAUUGUCUCCUUAUCAAGCACCAAUUUACCCUACAUCUCCAUCUCCAUCUCAACUCUCUUCAAGAAGUCCUGGACCUGCCAAGGCCGAUAGCGCCAGCCCUUAUCUAGGCUCUCAAUAUUAUCCAUAUCCACCACCAAUGGUUAGACGACCAUCUUUGACGAUUUCCCAUCAAUCAUACGGUUCUCAAGAUGGUAACUUCAGUGGUGAAGAUUCAAAAGAAAAGGGUCGUUGCACUUGGCCAGAAUGUGGGAAGGUCUUCAAAGAUCUUAAAGCCCACAUGUUAACACAUCAAAAUGAGCGCCCGGAAAAAUGUCCCAUACAGACAUGUGAUUACCACGUUAAAGGCUUCGCUCGAAAAUACGACAAAAAUCGUCACACCUUGACCCAUUACAAAGGGACAAUGGUAUGUGGUUUCUGCCCAGGUUCUGGAUCUGCAGCAGAAAAAUCCUUUAAUCGCGCUGAUGUCUUCAAGAGACAUCUUACUUCAGUACAUGCCGUGGAGCAAACCCCACCAAAUAGCCGCAAGAAGACUUCCGCAAACAUCAACAGUGGAAAGAAGCUCUCUGGAUAUGCACCAGAUGCUACCGGAAAGUGUUCUACCUGUUCCGCUACCUUUAGCAAUGCUCAAGACUUCUAUGAGCAUCUUGAUGACUGUGUUCUUCGCAUUGUCCAACAAGAGGAGCCAUCCGAGGCGAUAAAUGCUCGUCGUCUUGCAGAGGUUGAACAAGAUCACGAUGUUCACGAAACCCUCCGCAACAAUGCCCUCCCAGUUACCACCAACAUUUACCCAACAGCCGAAGACGAGGACGAGGAAGAAGUCGACGAUGAAAACGAUGAUGACUACACCAUCCGCACUCGUACAUCCCGAAAAGGUCGCCAAAACCGCAAUCCUGCAAACGGUGUCCAAAAAUCUAGAGGAAUGACACACUCCAAAGGUGGAGUUACUCUAAAUACCAAGGGCCGCAAGAAGCGCAAGGACUAUCCUUCAUCAUGGGGAUGUCCUACAUCUCAAAUGAAGAUGAAGAAGCGCGUUCUUACCGUCUUUGAUGGACCGCGUCGUCUCUGGAAAGAUGACAUGAUGCUUGAUACCGACUAUGAGGUUCGCAUCAAGCUUGGCGAUGAAAAAGCCUACGUUACCGAUCUCGAUGUGCAAACUUUGAGGAGAGCGGAUGCUUUCCACAAUGCUACGGAUGAGGAGAAGGGUCCUUGGAUCGCGGAUGAUUUGACGGGCAUGGAUUUGGAGAAGUUGAUGGAGGUUAAGAGGGAGAUGUAAUUUAUUCUCUCCUCUUUGCGUUUUAAUCUUCCGCGCUCUAUCUUUUGUUAUGAGGUUAUGAGAAGGACAUUUUAUUACUGUUAUGAUUUUGCUCGUAUGCAUCGGAGCAUUUUGCAUAUGCUUUAUAUCGGCGCUUUGGAUACCACUUAUAUAUAUAUCUUGAGGGGAGAUAUACUUUUUACUACUUUUAACGGGACGGGACGAUACCAAUUUUCUAUUUUUUUUCUUCAUUAUUUUUCUGUCGAAACUCUUUCACAAUAUCAUGCAUAUCACAUGUAUUGGGAAUAUGGACGGUGUAGUGGGGAUAAGAUAAAAGUCGCAACUGUGCUCUUUCUUUCUCUUUUCUACCUAUCUACUCGCAUUAUCUAUUGCAUAUGCAUCAAACAGAGU